AUGGCGGACAGUUAUGUGCAAGACGAACUCACCAGACUUCGAUUGAAACUAGUUGAACAAGCAAGUCGAAAUUUCAUCACAUGAUUUUUGGGGAUAUAGAGUGAAACCUUUAAUAAUUCUUUUCACUGUUCAUAGAAAAUCAGAGGUCAAUCAAGCUAUGGAAUGGGCGCUAGUUACUACAGCUCCCCUUCAAGUUCAAACGCUGGUAUAAAGCUUGUACCUGUUUUGAGUAUUUUUGAUUAAUUAAUUUGGCUCAUAUUUUGCCGAUUUUGCUUUAGUCCAAUCACAAUUUUCUUAUAAUUUAUAACGUAGGAAUUCAACAGCUGCUACAAGCAGAAACUCUGAAGAGUGAACAACUUCUCCAAAGAGUUAAAGUAAGAACAUAAGAAAAGCUCACGUUGCGAGCUAUUUAAAUUUUGAGGGGCCAUUGUCUUUAACUUCUGAACCCUUCCUCCUCUAUCGAGGUACAGUUGUUAAUGUUAUCCAUUAGGAAAAACAAUGAUCAACAUGCCAACACAUUUUCCCGCCUUCUCUAAUUCAUAGAGAGGAUAAUGUGUUCAAGCUAGAGAUCGACGGCACUCACAUGCAGCUAUCCAUUCCGAUGACUCUUAACCCCCUCCCUCCCACUAGGAUUUCCUCGCACCUCAAUAAGGUAGGGCAUGCAAACAUUAAAUGGAAAGGCUCAAAAUGUUUUCUUGCCCACAAACACACCUGAAGAAGAGUUUUUUUCAGUGAGUAUUCCCUACAUUACUCACCAUGAAUCUUUCAUUUUGAAGGCAGAAGAAGAUUGGGGAGAGUAGAAAGUGGGAACAACAGGGUGUGCACAAUGCUAAAGGAUAAAGUGGGUUUCUCACCUGUCUCCUUACCAUGUCCCCAUCCUGGGUACCUCCUGUGACUCAUGCAACAGAACCACCCCCCCCCCCCCACACCAAAAAAAAUAUUGUUUGUCCUGCCGUUAUUAGUCAAAGUUUAAAGAGAUAUAAAAGUGAGAGAAAAAAAGCAGUUUCCCUUUAAUCAUCCUAGCUAUUUGAGAUAUUCAGUGGUACUUUCACCAUUGUGGGGAGAGGGGGGGGAGCACUCUUUUUUUGAGACAAUAUGGUAAUGUAAAGUAAGUAACUUGUCAACAGUUGCUACAUGUCAGGUAACCUUAUAAGCUUUCUCUUUUAGGAGGAAAGACGCCAUCACCAAACACGUUCUUACAAUCAAGAUGAUGAUCAUUCAAAAGGUAAAAGCAAAUUAAUUGUUGCGGCGAACAACUUCUGGCAACUCCACAGAAAGUUUAUGAGUAAUUUUAUAUACUUGUCUAAUAUAAAUCCAUAAGUCAACAGAAUUUAUAGAUAUCCAGAGCUGUCAUUAAGGGGCAGGGGCCAGCGAUUUUCCCCCACUACCAUGAACGUGGUCCCCAGUUACUUUCAGAGAAUAAUAGAAGAAAAAAUAGAACCAAAAGAAAUCCUUAGCUGUUUGAUUCCCAGCCUACUUGUUGUGUUUGCCUGGCAACUUGAAAUCUUUAAGACAGCCCUGGACAUGCUUAAAAGAGUGUCUAAUAUUGUUGAACUAUGGGUCAUAAAAUUUGUCUCCUUAAACAUUUUCUUUCAUGUUGUUGUCAAGUCCUAUGAGUCAUAAAUGUGAUGAACAAAAUCAUUGUUUCAUUGUUGAGUUGGUAAACAGAGUGUUAAGAGACAACAAGUUGUUAAGUUACAUCAGUAUUGUCAAAAUUAAUCACCACUGUUACAUGCAAAUUUUCCUGAAUCUAAAACAAUAAUUUUGAUGUUGAAAAUAUCCAUGCAUUUGACUUCGUACAUGGUUAAUUUUAUCCAGAGAUGAUGUCAAUGGUUAUGUCACAGAAUAUGCAGCUUCAGCAGAUGAUGUUACAGCAGAUGAUCUCAUCAUCAGCUACAAACAGAUCACAUGCCGCAGAGAACAGAAUUGAUCACCACAGGUAGUUUUGCUGACUUGCAGCUUGUAUGAUUUUCCCUUCGUCUUCUUUGUGCUCAUAAUAACUAUUAAAUACAUUGUACAGAUAGACUCGUCAAUGAAGCUGCUCAUCCAUAGAAUAAAGGAUUGGUAAUCUAAUGGUUAUUUAUUUAUUCCUUUGUUGCAAUUUCUUCCAGUUUUCCCACAACCAAACCAGUUGAGAUUGAGCAAAUUGGUCAUCGGGAAAUGACACCAUUUUCUAACCUUCAAAGAGAUACUAAAAGAGGUACCAGCAAUAUUAUUUUCUUCAUUUGGUAUCUUAUGCAUGAUUUCAAUCUUUAGUUCCCAAUCUUCCAUGGUCAAAAUAUCCAAGAAUUAACUUUUUAUUACUUUUAUCAGAGCCUGCUCCCCCCGUACCUGCAGUGAAGCAGUCAGUGGCUGUUCAACGAAAACCAUCACCCAAACCAUUGGUAAAAUAAUAUUGUUCCAAAUCUUGUAUGUGACUGUUGUGCAGUGACUAGAAACUAGUAGCAGUAAGUAAUGGUAACCACUUUAACUCAACAUGGUACAACAUUAUAUAAUCCUUAAAGCAUAUUCCUUCCCCCACCCUCUGUGUCCUAGAGAAUUGAAAGAAGAAGAACCCUUGACACAAGUUGAGGCUUUCAGCACAAAAUUAGACUUGUAUCUACCAAGAUUAAACAUUUAAAUCAACAUACUAGGCCGAGUUCAAGAGACCACGCAUAAAGCCAGGUGUAUACCAGGCAGAAAGCCUCCAGCCAGCAUAUUCUCUUUGUUCACAAAAUAAUUUUUUUAAAUUAGUGCUAGAACUAGAGUGUACCGCAUUAAAAGGUAGAGGCAGUAUAGAGGCAUUUUAAAAAUCCGCUAACCAGCUAUUUUCCUGUAGGUCCCUAGAGGUACUGCUUCUCCUGUUCGACCAACAGAGAGAUUGUCUGAACCACAGAAAAGGUCUCAUACUUCUGUAAAGCCUCAGGGAUUUAUUGGUCAAGUCGCCAGGGGCAAUCCUGAGCAUCCCUACCCUUUUCCUGGGACCAAAAGAGUCAGAAAGCUGCGGCACUUUGGUUACGUAGCCUGGGCCUGCUUCAUACUUCUAUCACUGCUAAAAAAAGUAGAGCAAAGAAGACUUGAUGCUAUGGACCAUCUGAAUUCUCUUAUUAAUGAUGCCAUUGAUAAGCUCCACAGAAAACACUAUCUUGAUCUUGAUAGCCCUAUUUAUGCCACAAUUCAAGAUGCAGUUAGCGAAGAUUCUUUAGAUUUGAAAGUUAAAAAUCCCGGAGUCUUUCAGAGGCUGUCAAGAGAUGCUCAAGCUGCUUUGAGUGAACUUUCUUCAAUGAUUGAGACAAUUGUUUAUAAUGUGACACAAAUCAAGCCACCUACUGGACUGCUUAGUGCAACAAGGGAGGGUGUCCUGUGGGAACUGACACAAGUGGGUGUCCUGUUACCACAAGACUACUUGUGGCAAGUUGAAAAGGUUUGAAAGUGAAUUGACGUGAUAUGUGCCAUUACAGAAUUUGUCAGACAAUGAACUAUCUCUUUUCCAACCAAAGGUCCUGACACUCUACCUCUUGGGAGGGAAUUUAUUAAUGAUAAUGUCCAGUUCUGUGUUGCCCCUAAAGGUUCUUCUUAUACUCUGCAUAGUGUUGUACAUAUAUACUUAGAGAUGAGACCAUGUGUCAAGUGGUUGCUUACAAGAGGUUAAAAACAAUGGAAAAUUAUUAAAAGUGAAACCCCAAAAGGCGGUCAUUGUCACUUACGAGAGGUGGACGUUUAUUUACAAGAGGUUCCAACUUCAGGGCUUUGACUGAAUGGGUAGAUGGUUGCCUAUAGGGGCUCGUGGCUUACUAGAGUUGCUCACUUAUAUAUGGAAGUACUUAGCCGGCAAAGAGCAGCCUGGGGAGCUUACUUGUAGUCUAGGAGGUUUUUUACAGUUACUAUAUCUCAGCCAUGUGUCUUAUAAGCUACAAAAGUCGCUUGUAUUUUGCUUUAGUAAAAUCUGUUUUAAAAUUGCAGAGUUAUUAAAAAUUGCACAUGAAAAAAGAAAUCACUUCUGAAAGACAAAAUAUAAAACAUAUGAGAAAGACUUUUUUUGUCCUUUGUUCAUAGGAUAACAUGACCUUCUCUGAACGAGGAGAACUGGUCCAAGUAACCAAUCAAGUUAGCACCAUUCUCCUGCUCGGGUUGUUCAUCUCAAGAAGUCUGGUAUCCACACUGUUGUUGGAGCCUACUGAGUGUGGCCUGAUAGACAGUGAACCCAGCAAUCUGGCUGCUUCUAACCUCAAGGUCAGCUGUGUAAUAAAUUUUGAAAACAAUAUUAUUAUUCUGAAGUCAGCACCCCAUUGAAUCCUUUAGGGGACUUAUAACUUUCUUUCCUCCCACACUGGUGACUUGACAUCAUUUUCAUCUUCGUUUGCUUAUAAUCAUUUAACAUGUUUCAAAGAAUUGCGACUUCUUUAAGGCUUUUUGGGCUACAGUGGACUCUCUCUUAACGGCCACCUUUAUAAGAUGUGCACCUCUGUAAGGCGGACACCAAGCAUUGGUCCCUGCAGCAGUUCUUUACUUCUUUUAUUUGACUCUCUAUAAGAUGGACCUCUCUAAGACGGACACUUGAUGCCGGUCCCUAAGGUGUCCGUUAACUGUAGUCCAUAGUUCACUUUGUUUCCUCAUUGUUUCCCAACCAUCGCUGCGAGGACCUGUUACAGCUGCAGGGCAUAUCGGACUUACAGUAAAUGUUCUAUUAUGACAGUAAAUCUUCUAUUAUUCUAUUAUUUCAACCACAUUUGAGGGGGGGGGCUUGAUAGAGACCGGGGGAGUUAUUUGAAAGGGGGAGCUUAUUUAAUUUAGCAAAGACAAUGGUAUCAGUUCUCAAUAACAAACUAGAACACAAAGUGGAAAAGUUCAAGUACAAGAAGUUAGAGGUCAUGCAGCUGGAGAUCAAAAACAAAUCCGAACUUCCAGUUGGUGAAUAAACCAUCGUGGCUCAGUCCAAACGAAGUUUUACAGCCGUGAUUGAUUAAUACAGUCUAUCAUUUAUUAGUGAAGAAUAAUUAGCAGAGGGGAGGGGGCUUAAAAGAGAGGGGGGCUCAUUAACUUUCUUUCCCCGAAAGGGACGGGGGCUUAUUAGAGAGAGGGGGCUUUUUUGAGAGGGGGGCCAAAUAGAGGAUUUACGGUAGUUCUAAUGUAAUGAUCCAGUAGGAGUGUGAAUUCUUAGAUUCCAAAUCCUUUUUUUAGAUUCAAGAAUCGGGAUUUCAAUUUUGCAAAGAUAUCUGCUAGCAGAUAACUGACUAAUAUGAAGGUUGCGCACUCAAUGCAUGAUUUCCAGCUACGGGGCAAAGUGUGUUCCGUUCGAUGGUGCGUUUGUCGUUCGUCGAAACAAUGUCAAAUAAAGCAAAUAUUAGAUUCGGUAUUUGUGAUUUCCCGAAUAAUCAAGGUCUCGGUAAGUGUUAUCAGCCUUGGCCUUCGGCUCGGCUGAUAACACAUACCUCGACCUAGAUUAUUCCGGAUGUCACAAAACUGAGAACCGAAUCCAAAAAAAAAUUAUUGAUGGUAUGUUUUCCUUGAAUGUUAGGUUUUAGCCUCUGUUCUUAUGAGAAUUGUACGUGACGUUUCGUUAUGGCAAAAGAAAAAGACGAUGGUAAGGCUUUACAUCCGACAUCUUGAGUUGUCCUUUUCCCGUAGAUAUAGCCUGCGUAGAAAACGUUUCCGAGUUAACGCUCGAAAGUUGGAGCGAGAGCGCUCAUGCUCUAACUUUCUUGACGAACUCGCGCGGAAUGGCUUGCUACGUAGGCUACCGUAGAUCAUUCAUGAUAGAACGUGAAAAUCACAACAUGGACGGGAGAACCUAAUUUUCACUGGUCGUAGUCGUGGGUAAAUUGCCGUCAGAGUGUAGACUACGAUAAGUCUCUCUUUUUUCUUAGUCUAGCGAGCGAAACGCACGAGACACGAAAAUGACUACUCGUAUUGCGGCUUCGAGUUUUUACGCUCGCACUCUCCUCGCUACAUACAAAGAAAAAAAGAGACUGCUCACAGUCCUACCAUCAGUGAGCUAAAAUGUCUCGGGAAAAGUAAAAUAUCAUCAUUCGUGGGUCUGGGUCGCCUGAGCACUAGAAUUCGCUCGCUUCUGCUGCAUAAGUCACAAGACGAAGGGAAGGGAAUCGCAAAUAAAACUGCGAGCUUAAGCUGAUUUUCAGUGUCCCCUAGAACUAAAAAAAAAAUUCCCAAAUCAUCCUUUUCACUUUGAAUGUUCUUCCCUCUUUCGUCCUCGGCUCCGAUCUCAGUCUUUCUACUGAUAAAUACAACAAAGGUACCAUUUUUGUCAUGCUAAAAGUCACUGUCUCUUGGAAUGUUGUUUAAAUACUCGAGCCUCAUUCUUGAUGUCACUCUUCUUUUGGCAUUUUGUAGCCUUUAGCGUCGGAAGUAAGCCCAGAACUGUUUAGUGAUGAGGAUAUGAAAUAUAUCUACAAGAAACUAGAUGAUACAUUGAUUUGGAGUAGGGUCUGUAUAUUCAUUUGUCCUUUCUAAAUAUUUUUAAGUUGAGUUUCAUCAUUGGACACCAUACCCUAGUGAGACAACUCAAACGUUCAAAAUGUUUUUUCUGAUAUGGGAUGUUUUCAUUUUUUUGACAGGCAAACCUGAAAAGAUGGGCCGAAGCUUAUAUAGACUCUGUCAGUAGAAGUUAACGCUCUGUAAAGAAAAAAAUGAUGCCCGUGAAUUACGUUAUGGUGGCUAACUUUCCCGACUCGCGAAAAACGUUCUCGUGAGCGUUAAAGGGCGUGACCCUAGAGAUGCAAGAUUAUGCAAUUAAAAUUGCAUAGCCGUGUUUACUUGUCAUGACACACUAUUCUGCCAAACUCUGUAGUAUGUGAGUGUAUUUUGUCGC